CACCCAUGCCGUAUGGAAGUUCCCAGGCUAGGAGUCAAAUCAGAGCUGUAACUCUUGGUCUACACCACAGCGACAGCAACUCAGAAUCUGAACCACAUCUGCAACCUACACCACAGCUCACGGCAAUGCUGGAUUCUUAACCCACUGAGUGAGGCUAGGGAUCAAACCCGCAUCCUCCUGGAUAAUAGAUUUGUUUCCGAUGUGCCACAACAGGAACUCCUCAAUAUUUGUCUAAUGUAGGUUUCUGGAAGCCUUCUACAGCCAAAAAAGCAAUCACACACAGCAACUUUGGAAAUGACUAUACCUCAUACACUUUUAUUGUUGUGGUUGCUCAAAAAUGAAUUACCAACUAAUGAAUUUCUAUAUAAGACACUAUUUAUUGAUUAAAAUCUCCUUGUAGUUUUUCAUUUUUAUUUUUUCUUUUUUGUAAUUUAAAUGUAUGUCAUUUGCUCUGGAAGGUUGCCUUCCCACUACAUACACACUCUUUACUCUCUCCUCCCUCCUUUCUUCUUCAAAAAGAAUUCCUUCUUUCCUUUUAUUAUCUAAAAUAGAGCUUUCCCCUGGUGACACUCAAACCUUGCUCUCCUUCUUUCUUAGGGUCAAUAGAGAAAGUGGCAUAUUUCUCAUUUUCCAUUGCCCUUGGUAACUACUUACAUUAAUUUCUUUCCAUUCUGGUUACAGAGACCCCCAACAUCCUUUUCUGUUUGAUACUGCCCCUGUUGUCAUCACCCUUGCUGACUUUAGUGCCUAUUUAAAUGACUCUUUAGUAGUCUUCCAUAGCUCACCCACAAAGCCUCAUCCUCACCACCAUUAUCAUCAGAACAUCUCUACCUCCAAAACAGGGAACAUUAGAAUUUCCCUGUUUAUAAAACAACCUUCUCUUUUUCUACUUUUCCCAAUCCCACUUUUAAAACCUUUUUUUUUUAAUUAAAAAAAAAUUGUUUGCUUUUUAUGGCUACACCCAUGGUAUCUGGAGGUUCCCGGGGAUCACACAGAAGCUUUAGCAGCCAGCCUACACCAUAGCCACAGCAACACCAGAUCCAAGCCACAUCUGCGACCUAUACCACAGCUCAUGGCAAUGCCAGAUCCUUAAUCCACUGUGCGAAGCCAGGGAUCGAACCUGUGUCCUCAUGGGUACUAGUCAGUUGGUUACCACCGAGCCACAAUGGGAGCUCCUCAUUUUAAAAAUUUUAAAUAUAAAAUUGUGCUAAAAUAUAACAAAAUUUACCAUUUUAACCUUUUAAAAUGUAUGUGAAGUACAGUGACAUUGUUGAGCAACCAUCACCACAAUCUGUCUCCAAAACUUUUUUCAUCUUCCAAAAAUGAAACUUGCUGUUCAACAAAUAGGAUCUCCCAUUCCUUGGGUAGUUGUUUUAACCAUAUUGCUCUUAAUUUCUGUAACACUUCUCACAACCUACUUUAUGAAGAAGAUUCAGGCCAUUUACAAGACCCUCAAGUUCAUGUUCCUAAACCUUACAUUUCACAUUUCUCCCAUUCUCUUGCUUUUCUUACUCUCACAAAGGAGGAAAGAAAGAAGUAGGUCUCUUCCUUUUCAAAGUUGACCCUUUCAGUAAUGUUUUUCCCCCCCUCUCUCUUUUCUGUCUCCUCUGGAACUUUACUAUAUCAACUUUCUCCUUUUCAUUGGCUUUCUCUCUGAAAUGAAACAUUCCUAAGGGUCCCAUAUCCCAAUUAAAAAAAAAAAAAGUCAAACAGCAACAUUAGUUUAAAUUUCUACUAUGUUCCAGCUAUUGUGCUAAGUGCUUAAAAUAUCCCUUCUCAUAUAAUUCUCACAACAACCCUACGAGUUCAAAUUAUUAUAAGAAAAAAAUGUUAUUAUGAGGAAACUGAGGCCUUAAAGACAUCAAGUAACUUGCUCAAGAUUACUUAACUAGUAAGUAGCAUCUUCCCUUCUUCAUGCUACUGUCAAGAUAUAAAGAUACUCUUUGUCUCCCUCUCAUUACUUUCUUGAAAAGCCUCACUCCUUUCUUCUUCACACUGUGUCAUGCACUGCAGUUUCCCACAAUGCUUAAAGGACUCUCUCUAAGAUCCCUAACUAAUCUCCUGCUAGGGCCCUGCAGGACUCAUCACCAAAUGUUCCUUUUUGAGACUAUCUCCUUUCCUAGCCUUGAUAAUACGACCUCUUUUUUUUCUGCUUCUGUUUCCGAUCUUCUUCGCUAACUCUUUUUCUUCUCUUAACCCACAGUUUCAUCUAGACACAGCUUUCUCUUCCUGCUCCACCCUCAGGAAAGACAAUCUCAUUUGUUCCCACAUCAUCAACUCUUUUGCUUUCACAAAUGAACAAAUCCACAUGGCUAACUCUGGUCUCUACCCACAACCUAGUUCCAGGUCCCUGCUGAAAUUUCCCCUUAAUUGCUCCUCAAAUUUGAGAUACUAUUUGCCCAAAAUCACACUCACUACCUGUUUCUGCCAAAGAACUUCCACUUGAGUUUCCUACCCUGAACCACUGGCACCACUUUCACUUCUCUUUACCUCUCCCUCCCUAGUCCAUAGCUGAUAUGCUCAUAUCAAAAACAAGCUCUGGGGGCUCUGUGGUGGACACAACCUUGAACUGGGAAUGAAAUUUGGUUCUAAUCUUGACUCAGCUACUAAUGGGCUGAGUGACUUAACAGAGCUAGAACAGGGCUUUCUGGGAGCCUUUCUCAUCCUUAUAUUCAAGGACUCUUAUGAAAUGCCUGCAGCACUCAUCAUGUUCAUCCUCUCCUUACUAGUCUUACUAGGUCUCUCCUCAUCCAUUUUUACCUGGAUUAUUCAAUUAGCCUUCUAACUUCCUUCUAUCCUUCCUUCUGGUCCUUUACAGAGCCAUAAAAUAAUGGUCAUAAAGAGUUUCCAUCAUGGCUCAGUGAUAACAAAUCCAACUAGUACCCAUGAGGAUGCGGGUUUGAUCCCUGGCCUUGCUCAGUGAGCUGUGGUGUAGGUCACAGAUGUGGCUUGGAUCUUGCAUUGCUGUGGCUGUGGUGUAGGCUGGCAGUUACAGCUCCGACAGAACCCCUAGUCUGGGAACUUCCAUAUGCCAUGGAAUGGCCCUAAAAAGACCAAAACAAACAAACAAACAGGAGUUCCCGUCGUGGCGCAGUGGUUAACGAAUCCGACUAGGAACCAUGAGGUUGCGGGUUCGGUCCCUGCCCUUGCUCAGUGGGUUAACGAUCCGGCGUUGCCGUGAGCUGUGGUGUGGGUUGCAGACGCGGCUCGGAUCCCGCGUUGCUGUGGCUCUGGCGUAGGCCGGUGGCUACAGCUCAGAUUUGACCCCUAGCCUGGGAACCUCCAUAUGCCGCGGGAGUGGCCCAAGAAAUAGCAAAAAAAAAAAAAAAAAAAAAAAAAAAACAAACAAACAAACAAAAAAACCCCACAAAAACAGUCAUAAGACACAUCUUUGAUGUUAUCUCUCACUUGCUCAUAAAACUUUCAAAAGAUUCCUAUUGUCUAUAGGAUAAAAUUCAAACUCCAUACUGUUGCACUUAUAGCUCUCUGCCUGACAGUCCCUACAUAAUAUGAAACUUCACUUUAUCUAAAUAAGAUUACACAUGUGUUUGGGAUAAGCAUUUGAGGAAAAAAAUUCUUGCACUUUAUACUAAAAGUAAUAGUGGAUUAAAGAUUUAGGUAUUAAAUAGUAAAGAAUAAAAGUUUUAGAAAAUUACAUAAUAAAUUUAUUUAUAAUCUUGGAGGAGGGGAAGACCUUUUGAAGCAUGACACAAAAAUGAAAAGUUCUAAAAGAAAACACUAAGUGAAUUUUACUACAUGAUAUUUAAAAACAUGUCAAAAUUAAAAAAAUGCAAUUCUCAAAGUCUAAAGAUAAUUGGUACUAAGGAAAAAUUUUGACAGACAAGGGUUUCAUUUCUUAAUUUACCAAGAGUUGGUAUAAACCAUUAAUUUGCAGACACUGACGACAAAUAUGUUUUAACAAGAUAUUCAUUCUCACUAAAUAAUUAAAGAAAUAAAAUUCAAAACCAUGAGAUAUGUUCCACUCUUUAAAAAUGCAAACAUUUUAAAGGUGUUGAAUGCUACUGCUGCAAAGGCAGUGAAGAAAAAGGCACUCAUCUGAAUUGUUGAAAAAUUAUAAAUCAAUACAAAAUUUUUUGAAGUCUAUUGGAUAAUAUCUUUUAAAAUACAAGGUGCAUGUACUCUUUGAUACAGCGUUCUGCCACUAGGAAUUUAUGUUACAAAUGAACUUACAAAGGUUUACCAAGAAUCAAACACAGAUACACAUGCACACACAUACACACAGCUGUCAGUUGUGACACUGGUGAUAUAAGAAAAAAAAGAAAGAGAAAACCGGAAACAACCAAAGAGUUAGUCAAUAUAAGAUUGCUUAUGAUAUAUUUACAUGAAUGAGUGCUAUUUGUAAUACUUCCUGUAAAAAGAAUGAUUCUAACAUGUGGAAAUGUUUAUGAUGUAGUAUUAAUUACAUAAUGAAAAAAAGCUUACAAAACAAUAUUUGCAGUAUGAUUCUACUUUUUAAAAUAAAAAAUAGACAUGCAUAGUAUUUUUGCAUUGAAAAUAGAAUGUCAGGAUCUACAGCAUACAUGCUUUCUGGUCAUUUAUACAUUUUCUAAGUGCACUUACCUCAUCUUUAUAACCUGCAAAAAAAAUACUUAAAGUUUUCAACUUUCUGUAGAAAAGAGAAAGGCAAUUAAAUAAUCUGUGUCCUGUUUUAUAAAGUUAUUGCUUUAUAACUGAGCAAUAAACAUUACGUGGAAUCCAUGUCAUAGAGGUUUUAUAAAAAUAAAUGACUAACCGAGUAUAUAACUCAUUGAAAGUGCUAAAGCUAGAACAAUCUUAAAAGCUGUUUAGGAUUUGGCCAUGGGAAUAAGAUAUGUUUCUACUCAUUCUAACCCAUUCAACUAGUUCUGUUGUUGCAUUGCCUUAUUCAUCAAAUGCUGUCACCCAGUGUUGCUUAAACCAAAUAGGGGUAUAUAAAAGUAGAGUUGGAAUAUAACUGCAUCAACUACUACCAAGUGCGGAUGACAGGAAACCUCAUUACUUGACAGCAACCCUUCAUAUUUAUAACUUAGAAGCCUGAAAAUGAAGCCUGAAGUGAAGUAUUCAACCACCAAAAUUUCCACAGCAAAGAUGAAUAGCUCAGCCGGCAAAGUCUCGAUAAAAUCUCCCAAGUUGAGAAAAUCCCAACAGAAGGCUAAAGAAGUCUGUCAGAUGUACUUUAUGCAGCUUCGCUCUGGCCUUAUCAUAGAAAAGAAGGCCUGUUACUUUGGGAAAGAAACCACCAAAAGGCAUUCACCAACAAAAGGUAAAAAAUGCAAAAAGCAACCUCUGGUACUUGCUGCCUGUCAGCAGCAACUAGGACACCUUGAACGGUCUGUGGAGGGCUUCACCUUUACUAAUACUAUGGUCCAGAAAUAUACCACAGCAACUAAUCUUCUAAGUAUCAAAGAACAUUCUGCUUCUCUCAGUACAUAUAACGAUCAAUACAUUACUUUUGCUUUUGAGGAUGGAAGUUAUGAGAUCUAUGUUGAAGACUUGAGAAAAGACCAAGAGAAAGAUAAGGUGUUACUCCGUUACUAUGAUUCCCAAAUCCCCUCAAGUGAAACAGAUGGUGGUGGUGAUCAUCGGAAAUUAAUGGUAAACCUGAGCCCCACAAAAGACAAAGAUUUCUUGCUGCAUGCCAACAGUAAGGAGCAUUCUGUGGAGCUACAAAAAUGUGAAAACCCACUGCCAGAACAGGCCUUCUUUGUCCUUCAUGAGCAGCCCUCCAAAUGUGUUUCAUUUGAAUGUAAGAGCCAUCCUGGAGUGUUUCUAGGAGUAAAGAAUAACCAGCUAGCUCUAAUCAAACUAGGGGAACACCCUGAGGAUUCAAAUAGAGAGAAUACCACAUUUAAGCUCUCAAACUUAAUGUGACAGAAAGCUGUGGAUCUUGGAUUGAGUAGCCAAAAUAGCUAUCAUUGGAGAAAGGAUGAGAGGUAAAGAAAGAGACAGAUAACAUUUAAGGGAAAUAUAAUGUUUGGUAUACUCUGUAAUGUUUUCCUUAUUAUGUAUAAAAAUAUUAUUUUGUAAUCCUUUAGUUCUGUUUUUUAUUUUCCUCUGUAUCACUGCAUAUUCAAUACAAGUAUUAGUAUAUUAAAUAGCAUAUCAGUAAAGAGACUCACUAAGAUUAUGAAGAUAUACAGCCUAACUUUUAUUUUUUCUAUUUUCAGUCCAGAAAUAAUUUCAUAUUUAGAGCUGAGACCUCUGGAGAGAAGCAAGGGCCUUAUCCUCAGUCUCACUUUACGUAAGGAUCCAUUUUAAAGAGCUGCAUAGGGACAUAAUUUUCCCUGGUUCCAAACAAUAGCCUCAAACACUAGAGUUGCUAAUAAAAAGAUAAUUGGAAAUUACACAGAUUGAACACUUCACAACUGGAAUCAAAGACCAAGUUUGUAAAUACUUGAAACUUCAGAUGCCUAUAUGGCUAGGCAGGUAAUAAUUUAGGAAAAUUAUUUAAAAAUUAGGAAAAAUAAAUCAAGUAUUUUAGAAGUUAAUAAUUUCACCUUUACUCAUCUUUUAAUCCUGAUUUUUACAGACUGAGUUAACUUUAAGCAAGGCACUCUUAUGUUAGAAAGUGAAUAAAUUCCAGUGAAAUUGUUAGGAAUAUCUAACAAAUUCGAAUUUCUUUUAAAGCACUGAGCCACAACACAUGUUCGGGUACCUAAGCACCAUGGGAUCCAAGUACCAUGGUGGCGGGAGGGGGUGUGUUGCAGAAGUCAUCUAAUCUAACCUACCAAGCCUAGAGGGACACAGGAUUAAAAUUGCAAUUUCAAUAACCAACUGUCCCUCAUGUUUAUGGCAUACCAUGUUCUUUUGACCCUGGCUUCCAGGGAUCUAUGACUUGAUAUACUCAUCACCUUGGACGGAAUUUCCUCUAAUCCUUUCCUCCUACGUGUGCACAAGUCCUUUUGUUGUUCAAAUUCCCAAUGACCCUGCUUACUAUGGAAUAUUCAUUUGACUUACGGUCCUUCUCCAUUUCAUUUGACCCACUGUGGUACACAUUACAUUUGUACCCUGUGAGCUUCACUUCCACAUCACCUGACCUCUGGAUGUUAACAUCUUUAUUCUGCUUUGGCUGCCUUAUGCUAUAAACUUACAGAUGGCAAUGUUCUUUAUUAAACAUCUUCAUAUUUUAUUGUUACUAAGAUACCUAACAUUUGUACUAAAGCAUAUAAUAACAUUUUUCAGCUACUAAAUAGCUUUUGCUUAUUUUUAAACCUUAGCAGAAUUCCCUUGUGACACAGCAGGUUAAGUAUCUGACACUGUCACAGCAGCAGCCCAGGUCGUUGCUGUGGUACAGGUUUGAUCCCUGGCCUGGGAAAUUCCACAUGCCACAGACACAGCCAAAAAAAACAAAAACAAAAACAAAAAUCCUUAGCAAUUUCUCCUUAAAUUGUUCAUAGGCAUAAUACUAAUAAUAAAUGAUAAACAUAAUAACAGACUGCUUAUAAAAUAUAAUUUUUUUGGAAAGUAUAGGCCUUUUAGUUUUUAAUUUGUUGAGAUAUACUGAAUAUAACUGUUGGUGAAACAUAAAAUAAAAGGGCCUGAGAAUCACUAUAGGAGGACAAACAAUUGUAGAAAAAAUAUGUCUUUGUUUCAUUGCUUUGUCAAUAAUUUUACUAUAGAGACAAAAAUAAAAGCUGAAUCUAUAUAAUUCUCUCUGAAAAAUACUAAGUGUUGACCAUAUGUAUCUGUAUGAUAUACUUAAAAUGAUUAUUACAAAGUAACCAAAUAUAUCCAAUGCACAUUGUUUAUAUUCUUGAAUAAACUGUAUUUUUCAAAAGUA